AUGUUCCGACCUGGUUACUGGUCAGACGACCCUAUGGACGGUGUCUUGGGCGCUGGUAUGGCCCGCCCCGGUGCUGGUGCUCGCCGCUUCGAUGAAUACUACCGCUGCUAUCCUGUUGUGAUGCUGCCUGGCCCAGAAAGAGAAAAUGUGAACCACGGCGGAAAGGUCAUAAUGCCCCCGAGUGCGUUGGACAAGCUUACCCGGCUUCACAUUACCUACCCAAUGAUGUUCGAGCUUCACAAUGGCGCAAAAGACAGGAGUACCCACGCUGGUGUCCUAGAGUUCAUCGCUGAAGAAGGAAAGAUCUAUUUGCCAUUUUGGUUGAUGCAAACAUUGUUCCUCGAGCCCGGUGACCUCCUCCAAAUUAAAUCGACAGACCUUCCUCCUGGUCAAUUUAUCAAGCUUCAAGCGCAGUCAACCUCCUUCCUCGACAUCAGUGAUCCAAAAGCAGUCCUCGAAAAUGCGUUCCGCAACUUCUCGUGCCUUACCAAGGGCGACGUCUUCACAUUCGGAUACAAUGAUCAGGUCUACGAGAUGGCUGUGCUCGAGACCAAGCCCUCGGGUUCCAAAAAUGCAGUUUCGGUUCUAGAAACCGAUUUGGAGGUGGAUUUCGCUCCUCCGGUUGGCUACGAAGAGCCACAGCGCACAAGCGGCACCAGCACUCCUGGCAGCGCCAUUGGCGGUGGCAAACUUCCUGUCGGUGGGUUGCUGCAUCCCCAUGGUAGCAUGGCGCAAUCAAUCAACUACCCGGCUAUUGCCCCCGAAGCUACCGACGCGGCGGCAGGUGCGCGCGCUGCAUCCUCCAACUUCCUGACUGGAGGACAACGUCUGAAUGCGAAGAAGGGUAGCAAGGCUCCAACUCCCAACCCUUCAACACCAACUCCGGGCGCCUCGGGCUCCCAAAACCCUCCUCUCCGGAGAACCAACGGUCCCCAGCCCCUCCGACUUCCCCACAAUCAGCUUUUCUUCGGAUAUACCAUCAAGCCAGCCAAGCCUCGCGAUGAGAAUGGACAAGUCAUUCCAGACGAUCAGCCCAAAUUCCAAGGGAUCGGGCAAACAUUACGAGGAAAGAGAAAGGAUCUGGCUGACUCCGCCACCGCCUCUGGCAGUGAGGCUGAGGGUCAGAAGGGCAAAGAGAGUUCCAACAAAUCUGACGGUGGACGGACCCUAGGGAAACGCUAG